CGACUUUGUACAGAAAUGGCAGCAAAUGCUUCUGGUCUGGAAGAAGAGCUUUCCUGUGCUGUGUGCUGUGAGAUUUUCAAGGAUCCUGUAACUCUUCAUUGUAACCACAGCUUCUGUAAAGCAUGUCUGGAUCAGUGCUGGAAAGAGAAGGGAGCUCGGGAGUGUCCAGUGUGCAGGAGGAGGGCUUCAAUAAGGGAUCCUCCUGUCAAUUUUGCUCUCAGGAAUAUUGCAGAGUGCUUCUUAAAAGAACACAGUCAGAAACCUCCUGGAAUGCUUUGUAGUGUGCAUGAGGAAAAAUUGAAGCUGUUCUGUGUAGAUGAUGAAGAGACUGUAUGUCCUGUGUGUCAAACUUCAAAGAAACAUAAAAAUCACAAGCUCCGUCCAGUCCAGGAAGCUGCACAGGAUUAUAAGGGAGAGCUCAAGACUGCGCUGGAGCCCUUGCAGGACAAGCUGAAAACCUUUAAUAAAGUUAAAGAAGAAUGUGAUGAAACAGCAGAGCACAUCAAGAAACAAGCCCAGCAAACAGAGAGGCAGAUAAAGGAGGAGUUUGAGAAACUUCACCAGUUUCUACAAGAUGAAGAAAAGGCCAGGAUUGCUGCACUGAGGGGGGAAGAGGAACAAAAGGGAAGAAUCAUGAAGGAGAAGAUUGAAAAUAUUACAAGAGAAAUCUCAUCCCUUUCAGACACAAUCCGAGUGAUAGAACAGGAGCUGGAAGCUGAAGACAUCUUCUUCCUGCAGAAUUACAGAAAAACUAAGAAAAGAGCCGAGCGCACACUGCAGGAUCCACAGUGUGUUUCAGGAGCGCUGAUAGAUGUAGCCGAGCACCUGGGCUCUCUGAAGUACAAAGUGUGGGAGAAGAUGCUGGGGAUUGUUCAAUACACUCCAGUGACUCUGGAUCCCAACACAGCAGCACCCUGGCUCAUACUGUCUGAGGAUCUAACAAGUGUGAGAUUCAGUGAUGAGAGAGAGGAGCUUCCUGAUAACCCAGAGCGGUUUGAUCCCUAUGUUAGUGUGCUGGGCUCUGAGGGAUUCACUUCAGGGAAACACUGCUGGGAUGUUGAAGUUGGAAACAAAACUGCCUGGAAUCUGGGUGUGACAAAGGAGUUCAGCCAGAGGAAAGGGGAAUUCACUCGGAACCCAGGAACAGGAUACUGGGGUAUAGUCCUGAGAAAUGGGGAUCAGUACUGGGCAUGGACCUCACCACAGACACAACUCACUGUGGAGAAGAAACCCCAGAAGAUCAGAGUUCAGCUGGACUAUGACAGGGAAGAGAUCACAUUCUUUGACGCGAGUGAUAUGAGACCUCUCUACAUGUUUAGACAGAGAUUUACUGCAAGAUUGUUUCCCUAUUUCUCACCUUGCUUAAAUGAAGAUGGGAAAAACCCUGCCCCCCUCAGGGUGUGCCCUGUGAAGGCAGUUAUAAAAGUGGACUAGCCCAAUGUGUUGAGAAUAAACAGUAGGGCUGUAUAAUAAUAAUAAGAAGCCUGUGACCCUGCUGGCCGCUGCACACUGAGGGGGGGGGAG